AGGACAGAUUCAAUCAACAGAGGAAGAUGGCUGAAGUAGUAGAGCUGCAGAAACUGAAGCUUGCUGAACUGAGGCAGGAAUGUGAUGCCCGAGGUUUAGAAACUAAAGGCAACAAAGGAGAGCUGAUUGCUCGACUCCAAGCCUACCUGGAAGAGCACGGUGAAGAGGAAGACGUGGACGUAGAUGACGUGCUGGCAGAGGAUGCAGUGGAUUUCACAAAAGUUGAGAGUUCUGACACUGUAAAAGUGGACAAUGACUCUGAAACAGCUGUCAGUGAGCCACCUGCUGAGAAGAAGCUGGUGAAAGUAACUCCCCCGUUAUCGGCUGGAGAACGACCCAACGCAACAGCAGAGCUGCUGGUGGACGUGUGCAGGACAUUAAUGGUUGUUGAGCUGCUCAAAGCUUUUGUCAGUAAAUGA